UUGCGAGUAUAUUUCGCACAAGCCGAACGAGCAGCAAAACAUCGUGGCGAGGAUUAACUACAACUACAACAGGAAAGAGGACGUAUAUAUCCACCCCGAAACGAAGAACGACCCCGCCCUGGGACGCGUGCGCGAAUGGAUCUGUAAAAACUGCGGAAACAACGAAGCGGUCUUUUUGCAACUCCCUGAAAGAAUUAGUUACAACCCAAUGGCACUCAUUUAUGUAUGCACAGGAAAGAAUUGCCACUACUGGGAAAAGGAGAUACAAGUCACGAAUGAUGAGGAGGAUCCGUUACAUAGAAGUGGGCGAUCUUCGGAAGGGUCCCUUGUUGAUCACCUGAACCCGAUUGUAAAACAGGAGGCGGAUGACACACAAGGUAUUAUUCCUGGGCAGGGACAAAAACGGAGUCGAAAAAAACUGAAGAGAGUCAGCGGGGAUCACGACGACAGUGAUGAGCAAAAUGGGGAAGAACACGGUGGUGAUGGACCCCACGGAGAUGGACAUGGAGAUGGAGACGGACGCGGCCUCGACGACCGCAAGGAGAAGGAGGAGGACAAACUGAAGAAGGAGCUGCAGGAGUUAAUAAACGCCAAGGAGGAGGGGCAGCUGCAGCCAGGAGACCAGCACAGCGAGGCGGGCGAUUUUGUCGACGAAAAUGAAAGUGAUGUAGAGGAUUACUUCUG